AUGACGGAAAAGAGACGGAGUAACGAUGAUGCAGGGGGAUCGGGAGUCGAAAUUCACAUCAACAACGGCGAUAUUACCACGGCUCUGCAAAACGGGGUAGUACAGGAAAAGCCAGAAGAAGAAGGCGUCACAACCACAGCAUUGGAGACAAGAGGAGAAGACGAACCCCCCAACGGCGGCUACGGCUGGAUCUGCGUGGCCGCCAUCGCCACACUAAACGGCCACACCUGGGGUCUCAACUCCUCCUACGGCGUCUUCCUCGCACACUACCUCUCUCACAACAUCUUUCCAGGCGCAACAGCCUUGCAAUACGCCUUCGUGGGCGGCCUCUCCAUCUCGCAAGCUCUCAUCGUUUCCCCCGUCGCCACUCUAACAACACGCUGCUUCGGCACGCGCACCACGCUGCUAAUCGGCGUAGCGCUCGAAACAAUCUCAUUUAUCGGUGCGAGCUUCGCGUCGCGUAUUUGGCAUUUAUUCUUAACUCAGGGCAUUUGUUUUGGGUGGGGGAUUGGGUUUUUGUUCGUGGGGUCCGUGGGGAUUACGCCGCAGUGGUUUAGUACGCGUAGGUCGCUGGCGAAUGGGUGUUCGGCGGCGGGAUCGGGGUUGGGUGGGUUGGUGUAUUCGCUUGCUGCUCAGGCCAUGAUUCGGAGUGUAGGCUUGCCGUGGGCGUUUCGCACGCUGGGGCUUGUGGCGUUUGUGGUGAAUACGGCUUGUGCGUUAUUGAUUCGUGAUCGGAAUAAGGCGAUUGGGAGUCGGCAGAUUGGAUUUGAUCAUCGGCUUUUUCGCAAGAUGCAAUUUGUGGGGUUGUUGGCGUUUGGAUUCUUGUCCAUGCUGGGGUAUGUGGUUUUGUUGUUUUCGCUGCCGAAUUAUGCGAGGACGGUGGGGUUGAGUGCGCAGCAAGGGAGUGUUAUUGGGGCUAUAUUCAACUUGGGGCAGGCGAUUGGGAGACCGCCGAUUGGGUACUUUUCGGAUUCCAUUGGCAGGUUGAAUAUGGCGAGUAGUAUGACCUUCUUGAGUGGCCUGUUUUGUCUGGUCAUAUGGAUGUUUGCAAAGAGCUUUGGGGUGCUCGUCUUUUACAGCCUGGUGGGUGGAAUGGUAGCGGGGACGUAUUGGGCUGUGGCGGGUCCUAUCACGACGGAAGUUAUGGGAUUGAAGGAUCUGCCGAGUGCGUUGAGUAUCACUUGGUUGGUACUAGUCUUGCCUACUACUUUCUCCGAAGCCAUUGGUCUGGAAAUUGUCAAGUUCAAUGGCGGCUCUUAUACUGGUGCUAUCAUGUUUACCGGUUGGAUGUAUAUUGGUGCGGCCGUCUUCUUGUGGCUGGUGCGAGCGUGGAAGAUUGGCGAGGAUGAAGAGCUGACGGCUGGGGCUGAGAAGAAUGAUGAUGGCUCUGCAGCUGGUGUCGGGACUGCUAAAGCAAAAAGUCCUUUUGUAACGAGGGUAUUCAUGAUUAGAAAGGCCUGA